UGGAUUCAAGAUGAAUGUUGAUCAAGUUACACUGGUUGGUCAAGUGUUUGAGUCGUAUGUUUCGGAGUACCAUAAGAAUGAUAUUCUUCUAAUCUUGAAGGAAAGAGAUGAAGAUGCUCAUUACCCAGUUGUGGUUAACGCAAUGACACUUUUUGAGACGAACAUGGAAAUUGGGGAAUAUUUCAACGCAUUCCCCAAUGAAGUACUAACUGUUUUUGACAGUGCUCUGCAGAGAUCAGCCCUUACAGUUCUCCAGUCCCUUUCUCAGCUUGAGGGUGUCUCUAUGAAGCAGAAUCUUCAUGCCAGGAUAUCAGGUUUGCCCGUCUGUCCCGAGCUGGUGAGGGAGCACAUCCCUAAAACCAAGGAUGUGGGACACUUUUUAUCUGUCACUGGGACAGUGAUUCGAACAAGUCUGGUGAAGGUGCUGGAGUUUGAGCGGGAUUACAUGUGUAACAAGUGCAAGCACGUGUUUGUGGUCAAGGCUGACUUUGAGCAGUAUUAUACCUUCUGCCGGCCGUCCUCAUGCCCCAGCUUGGAGAGCUGUGAUUCUUCAAAAUUCACUUGCCUCUCAGGCUUGUCUUCAUCUCCAACCAGGUGUAGAGAUUAUCAGGAAAUCAAAAUUCAGGAACAGGUUCAAAGGCUCUCUGUUGGAAGUAUUCCACGAUCUAUGAAGGUUAUCCUGGAAGAUGACUUAGUGGAUAGUUGCAAAUCUGGCGAUGACCUCACUAUUUAUGGGGUCGUAAUGCAACGGUGGAAGCCCUUCCAGCAAGAUGUGCGCUGUGAAGUGGAGAUAGUCCUGAAAGCCAAUUAUGUCCAAGUAAAUAAUGAGCAAUCUGCAGGGAUCAUCAUGGAUGAGGAGGUCCGAAAGGAAUUUGAAGAUUUUUGGGAAUACCAUAAGACCGAUCCUUUUGCAGGAAGGAAUGAAAUAUUGGCCAGCUUGUGCCCUCAAGUUUUUGGGAUGUAUCUGGUCAAGCUUGCUGUGGCCAUGGUGCUGGCUGGUGGGAUUCAAAGGACUGAUGCUACAGGAACACGGGUCAGAGGUGAAUCUCAUCUUCUAUUGGUUGGGGAUCCUGGCACAGGGAAAUCUCAAUUCCUCAAAUAUGCAGCAAAGAUCACACCAAGAUCUGUGCUCACCACAGGAAUUGGAUCUACUAGUGCAGGUCUGACGGUGACUGCUGUAAAAGACUCAGGAGAAUGGAAUUUGGAGGCUGGGGCCUUAGUCCUUGCAGAUGCAGGCCUCUGCUGUAUCGAUGAGUUUAAUAGCCUCAAAGAGCAUGACAGAACCAGUAUCCAUGAAGCAAUGGAGCAACAAACCAUAAGUGUUGCUAAGGCUGGCCUCGUGUGCAAGCUGAACACAAGGACCACCAUCCUGGCAGCAACCAACCCCAAAGGCCAGUACGACCCCCGCGAGUCCGUGUCUGUGAACAUCGCCCUGGGCAGCCCACUCUUAAGUCGAUUUGACCUGAUCCUGGUUUUGCUUGAUACCAAGAAUGAAGACUGGGAUCGUAUAAUUUCCUCCUUUAUCUUAGAAAACAAAGGUUACCCAAGCAAAUCAGAGAAGCUCUGGAGCAUGGAAAAAAUGAAAACCUACUUCUGCCUCAUCAGGACUCUGCAGCCCACAUUAUCUGACGUGGGUAAUCAGGUGCUUCUCCGCUACUACCAGAUGCAGAGGCAGAGCGAUUCCCGGAAUGCUGCCCGGACAACCAUCCGCCUGCUGGAAAGCUUGAUCCGAUUAGCAGAAGCUCAUGCUCGCCUGAUGUUUCGUGACACUGUGACUCUGGAAGAUGCUAUUACAGUGGUGUCAGUAAUGGAGUCCUCAAUGCAGGGAGGUGCACUGCUGGGAGGUGUGAAUGCACUCCACACUUCCUUUCCUGAAAACCCCCUGGAGCAGUACCAGAGGCAGUGUGAACUUAUUCUAGAGAAGCUGGAGCUGCACAACCUCUUGAGUGAAGAGCUAAGAAGACUUGAAAGGUUACAGAACCAGACUGCGCACCAAUCCCAGCCACGAGCAGUGGAGACAGAGACUGCUCUAGCAUCCUCAAGAAAUGAUCCAGGGGGAGAACCCAGGUUCAGAACAUCCCCACAGCAGGAAAUGCAUUGUGAUGUGCAUACCCCCUGUACGGGAGGCAGUCUCCCAGGAAGCCCACUUCUCUGUCCCCCGUCCCAUCUGGGGCCUAAUAGAUCAGCAAGAAGAAAGCAUUCAGCUGAGCACAAAAAUAGCAGAGAUGACAGUUUGGACUGGUUUGACUCCAUGGCAACUCAUCAGACUGAACCUAAAAACACUAUUCCUGUGUCUCCCAGUCCCAAAACAACCAGGGAAAAAAUGGCUUUAAAAAUCUCCAACAACAAAUCUCAGGGUAAGGAAAAGAGUGAGCCAGGCCAAGGGAGCAAAUUGGAAACUGAACCCCUUCCAGCACCAGGAGAGACAGAAGCUCCAUUGAGGGCAGACAACGUUGAGGGUGAAAAGGCAAAAAAGGCAGCGCUGGUUUCUGAAGCAGCAGCGUCUGCUGAUGAAGCAGAUUCAGUACUGACUCAUCACGUCCCCAGGAAGCUGCACAGGCAGCGCAAGGCAAGGGCCCAGGCCCUGUGCAGAAACCCCUCCAGGGCACCUACACGGCCCGCAAGCCCUUCGCGUCCUCAGUCCGUUGCUGUCCAUAGCCCAGGAAGAACGCUGGAAACUCCCAAAAGAAAGAGACAGAAGUCCCUUGCUCAAGUGGAAGAACCUGAACUUGAAAGUGUUGAGAGUCCGGGUCCCCCACUGGCCAAACUGGCAAAAUUUACUUUCAAACAGAAGUCAAAACUGACCUACUCCCCUGAGGACCACAACCGUGUGUCUCCUGGCACAGCUCAGCUAGCAGUUCAGAGUCCUCAAAUUGCCCAACUCAAAACAAGAAGAGGAGCAGCUCAGCCUACGAAGGGUCCAGAAAAGUUGGCUUCCACCUCAGGAAACAGAAGCUCAGAUCAGCUGCAGGGUAAGACAAAGGAGGUAUCACAGCAGCCACCAGAGAAAGACGGAUCAGGAGAGAAGAGGGAAUGUGCCCCUGAAAAGAGAGUUCCUCAACCUGAAUUAGGGCUUGGGAACGAGACUGGGCGUUUUCCUCUUAGUUGUGAGAGAGACAAAAAGGAAGAGGUUUUGUGCAAUAAUAGAAGCAGCAAGGUUCAUGCUUGCACGUUAGCCAGAUUGGCAGACUUCUCCUUUACUUCCUCCUCUGAAUCCAAAUCAGAAUCCCCUCCUCCUCCUGGAAGAAAGAACUGGACUGAGCGAGGCCCGAGCCCCACUCCUACAACCACAGCUACACUGCUCGGCAGGAGAAGGAAAACAUUUCAGCUGGCGGGGUCCACUGAAAGAUUGUGUCUUCCCCAAAACUCUCUCUUCACUUUACCAGAACUAGAGGAUGACACAUUAGAUUUUGAUUGGGAUGAAGAAAUGAGAAAAAAGCCGUAAUCAUGAAAAGCUUUCUGGUCAAAUUUUAUCCUCCCCAACUCAACACAGCGCCUCCCUGACAUCAUCGUGGUGUUUAUGUAUGUCCAGAACCCUCGGCCAUAUUGAGUGCCAUUCUGAAUAUCGGCUUCUCCAUCAGGUUUAUAAUUUCAGGUUUAUCUUCAUGACUUGGAAAGUUGUAUAAUCAGUGUAGG